AUCAUUUCUCGUCGAGCGUGAGUCGCAGACGGAAAACGCAACGCCUGCGAUGGCGGUAGCUAAGGUUAAUCGAGUUUUCUCGGUAUCACGCGGUAAGUUGAAUCCAUCGGAGAAGGGAGCGGAGCGUAGGUGGCUGUCGAUUCGCGGGAAAACGAGGCGGUUGGGUGUCCUGGCGGGAUUGAUAGCCGGUUGCGGGACCGUUCUCUGUUAUCUCGAACGAUCGGUCAAGGCGCACGAGCACGAGAUAUCGUUGCCGAGGUAUCCCUGGAUGUUCAACAGAACCCUGAAGAGCUUCGAUCACGCGGCUCUCCGAAGAGGGUGGCAAGUGUAUCGUACCGUCUGCAACACGUGUCACAGUUUGCGAUACGUUCGUUUCAUGGACCUGGUGGACGCGACUCACACCAGAGAAGAGGCGAAAGCGAUCGCCGCGGAAUUCGAGGUGGAGGACGGUCCCGACGAUCAGGGUAACUACUUCACCAGACCCGCGAAAUUAAUCGACAGGAUUCCGCCUCCUUAUCCGAACGAGGAAGCCGCCAGAGCCGCGAACUUUGGCGCGUACCCGCUGGACCUGACUUUCCUGGUGUACGCGCGGAAACGCGGCAUCGAUUACGUCUUCUCCCUGCUGACGGGAUUCAUGGAACCGCCGGCGGGCGUGCGACCGGAGGAAGGCCAAUACUUUAACAUUUACUUUCCCGGUGCAUUCACGACGAUGCCUCAAUUGCUUUACCAGGGCAUGCUCGAGUACGACGACGGCACGCCGGCGACCGAGUCGCAAAUGGCUAAGGACGUGGUGGAAUUUUUAUUGUGGACAGCGAGUCCGGAGCACGACGAGAGAAAAGCGAUGACGAUCAAGGCGUUGGGGAUCUUUUUUAUUCUGAUAACCGCCAGCCUCCACGCCUACAGAAGAUACUGGUCGAUCCUGCGGAGUCAGCGUCUCGCUUACGUCCCGGUGUCGAAAUUCGCGGACGCUCCUCCGGCCGAUUCUUCGACCGGCGAAUGCGCCGUUCGAUCGAACAAACGAUAGUCAACGUCGCGCACUUCCGGUCCGUCGGAUGCGCGAACGAAUCGCGGGAGAAUCCCGAUUCGAUCCGAUUCAAUUAGACUGGCGACGGUGUAGAAGAGCGAGGCGGGUACGGUUGGUAGCGCGAGCGCAACAUGUGCCACCGAUAAUCGUUUCGCAACGCACGGCCUUGACGAUGCCCGUAUACUCGAUCGGGCCGUCUAAAAAUAGAAAGCUCGAGAAGCCGAGCAACAACGUUACGCCGCGCCUCUCUUGCCGUCAGUCGUUGGCUUCUAUGUUCGAGCCGACUUAACGAUCAACCAUCGACCACGAAAUACCGGGCGCAGAAUCCACCUGUCUCUACCGUCCACCUUGAGCCCGCUCUUUUCCGCUUUUCGAAAUAUUUAUUAUCUUCUUCCUUCUGUCUUGAUCCCCACCCCGUGCCUCUCCGUUACUCCCUCCCCGUUCACCGUCGCCUAUCUCACAGAAUCGCGUCCAAUCUGGUCGCGCUGCGUCGCGACGCGGCCGUCGCGUGCCACGCUGAUGAUCUAUGCGCGCGUACGAUUCGUCUCGAUGCUGAAUGGCAACGAGACUGCGAUCGCCAGAGGAGAGGGAAGGGGUGGCACGGAUCGAAAAUAUAUACGAAACGAUGAAUGAAAGCUCCGUGUUAAGGUUGAGAGCGCGCCAACGAUUUCUCGAUCCAACGAGCCUCGCGUAUACCGCCGACAUCCCCUCGGCUCGGAUCACUUCACCUACCCGAAUCCUAUCGAUAGCGCAACCGUAAAAGCGAACCGGAAGUUUCGACGUCGACGAAGCUGCCGGUUAUCGAGCGUGACUUAGCGAUCUUUCGAUUCCCACGCUGCUAGAAUACCACCGUCAACCGCAAAACUCUGGGUCGCCUCGUCGAUGACCUCGGCCGCUUCUCCUUUCGAAGGGACGAAAGAAAGAGUAUUUUUCUCCUUUCUUUGCUGCUCCGCGCACGUUCCGCUCUCGUUCGAGCGAUCGGAGAACGAGAAGAACAACGAGGGGGGCAACGUUGGGGGGUUCGAAGAAGCCGAUA